CAAGAGAUGAUUUGCAGUCCCGACCACAUCACCAACGACCGCCCGAGUUUUCCUCUCCCGCCCUCUCUUCCUCCUCUCUUCUUGUCUCAGCCAUGGACGAGUCGAAGGAGGGCUGUGCAGCAGUGAUAGCAUCAUGAGACCGCAGCGCCCGGCCCUCCUCGCCCGGCUCUGCGCAGCUGCGGGCAGCGCUCAAGGCCAGUCAACCGUGUCGGUCUACCUGCCGGAAUACGGCAACUCAGACUGGGGCGCGCUGCGCGGGAGUAUCAUCAGCAGCAACAAUUCCGUGACGGCCUACACCGUGUUUUGCGCGGACCAGUCGCCGAACUGCCACCUCGCCGGUGAGAUACCGUUUGUCUUCACCGAAGGAGCCCAUACUCUUGUGUACAAAGGGACCGACGCCGGAACACUGACGGCUGACCUUGAAUGCAAGCUGGAUGGAAAGACGGCGGCGACCUGCACGGGCUCGACAUCCGUGGGUACCAGCCACCGGGAAGGCCAGCUGACCGGGCCGACCGAGACCGUCUGGACGAGCACGUUUACCGGCGCCGACGUGACCUGGGGCGUGCUCACGCUGUCGACCCCGGCUCCGCCCCCCAGCACUACCGGCAUCGACGGCACUGCGCUUGCGCCCAUGACAAGCACGCCGGCGCCCCUCUCGGGGGGGAGUCGAAGUCUCAGUAUGGAGAGUAGUCGAGCGGUCAUGAUAUUGUUGAGCGUGACCGUGUUUGGGUUUUUGCUUGGAUGACGGAUCUUAUCCUGGGGUGCGGGAUUCCCAGUUGGACAUGGUUGAGCAAUGGCAACGGUUCCUUCUUUGUUUAACAAAAUACCCCUUUUCCUUGGUUGUGGUUGGUGAGGAGACAUGAGGCACACGAGUCGGAAAAUUAUUUCGGGGGUUAAAUUUGUUAAAGACGGCGGGCGCAUGUGCAACCUGGAAUACAUCAAUUGGAAAUACCGGCAAUUGAUAGAUACCUACCAUACAGAUCAUUAUGUAUGUAUGUACGAUGUUUAGUGCACUACGCUACUAUAGUAGCGCAUUCACCUCCGGGUCCAGUCCUACGCCGCGUUGUAGCGCUAAAA